GCGACCGACAACACAUCGAGGGGCCUCUCCUCCGCCUCCUCGCUCUCCUUUUUCGUGCACCGCGAAGGACCCUCCAGCGCAGCCAGCAGGGCUCAGGAUGCCUCGCAAGCGCCGGGGGAAGACGCUGCCGCAGGCGCAGCCAGCUGGGACAGAACGCACAGCCCCCGGGAGCGGCGCCAAGGACUCCGGGGGUAGCCCGCCGCAGGAAGGCGCCUCGCCGCUGCAGGGGGAGCUGGAGCGCUUCUGCCGGGAGCUGGAGCGGCUGCGCGGGCGGCGGGCGCAGCUGCGGGAGCAGCACGAGCUCCUGGAGCGGGAGGCACAGCAGCUGCGCGCCGAGAGCCGGGAGUUCCUGAACUACGUGGCCAAGCGGGCGCAGCGGCAGGAGGGAGCGGCCGUGUCACUGGGCGACGAGAGCCGGCAGCUCCUGGCGCAGAUCCAGCGCGAGCACCGGGAGCUGCUGGCCCGCUCCGCGGAGCAGGAGGCGGUGCUGCGCGGGGAGCUGCUCCGCCAGGAGGCCGAGUUGGCCCGGCUGCGCGCCGAGCUAGAGGAACUGCGCGGUGUGCGCGCGCUGCAGCAGGAGCAGGUCGGCCGUGUGCGGGAGCUGCAGCGCGCGCAGGCGGCGGCCCGCAAGGAGCACGUGCAGCGGCGGCAGGAGGUGGCGGCGCGCUUCGCGCAAGCCAGGGCUGCGCAGGAGCGCGAGUCGCAGGAGCGGGCGGCGCGCGUGACCGGAGAGGCGCACCAGGUAGCCGCGCGGUGCCUGCUGGAGCGCAGGCUGGAGGCGCAGAGGCAGAACCGGGAACUGAGGCAGGAGCUGGCGCGGCUGGUGGCGAGGGCGCGGGCGCUGCAGGCGCACAAAGGCCGGCUGGAGGAUCGCGUGCAGCGCUUGCGGCGGCAGCAUGACUCGCUGCGGGACUUGGCCCUCCUGCGCCGCGGCGGCCCCGAAUGAGGAGAGCGACCGGCCGCGGGGACGCGUAGAGAAGCAGGAGGGCGGGCGCCCCUUCCCCGCGGCGCAGGGCAGACAAGCUGC